AUGUUCCCUCGCUCUUCGCUGGUUCCAGCCUGGUUGCUGUUUCUCACUGUGCAGGUCCUGAGCACUGGAGACUGCUGGACCGGUUCACAGAAGCAGCGUCAUAAGAGGGAAUGGGUCGUCCCUGCCAAAAAGUUUACAGAAAAUGUAGACUACAGUGAUUCGCCCUAUUUCAGCAAGAUACGAUCUGACCUUGAUGAGAUCACGAUGCUGCGCUACACUAUAAGAGGUCCAGGAGUCAACAUGCCACCUGUUGGUAACUUCAUAUUAGACGAGCAAAAAGGGUGGGUUCGCAUCACACAGCCUCUGGAUCGCGAGGAGAGACAAAACUACACCCUUAUUGCCACUGCAUGGUAUCCUAACAACACCAUAGCUGAAGAUAAUAUUAAAAUAAACAUUGUUGUGGAGGACCAGAAUGAUAACCCACCAGUUUUCAUCAAGCCAGAACGCAUCAGCAUCUAUGAGGGGAGGCCAGUUGGUAGCUUUGUAACACAAGUUGUGGCCAAAGAUGCAGAUGAGCCAAACACUCUUCACACAAAGAUAGCGUACAGCUUGAUCAAGCAAGAGCCAAACAAUGGCAAGCUUUUCUUUGCUGUUCAUAAAGACAAUGGAACAAUCUUUGUAAACAACCCAACACUUGACAGAGAGGAACACAGAUAUUUUGUUCUUACGGUGCAAGCUGCUGACAUGUAUGGAAGUCCUGAAGGAAAUUCUGCUACAGCUACUGUAUUUAUAGACAUCCUGGAUGUCAAUGACAAUAUUCCUACUUUGGAGAAGGAUGAGUUUUCAGCAAGUAUUGAUGAGAAUGAGGCACCUGUUGAGGUUAUGAGGAUCCAGGCGCUGGAUAACGAUGAAGAAAGGACAGACAAUUGGUUGGCCGAGUUUAAAAUAGUCUCGGGGAAUGAGGAUGGACGUUUCUCUAUUGAAACUGAUCCGAAGACAAAUAUGGGUGUUUUGUAUCUGAACAAGCCUGUUGACUUUGAGUCAGCAUCUGAAAUGAACCUGAACCUAGUUGUUGCAAACAAAGCUCUUCUAGGAGCACCUCUCGGGGGUGGAGCAGGAGCAACAGGUGGUGGAGCUGGAGCUUCUGGAGCAGGUGGUGGAGCUGGAGCUUCUGGAGCAGGUGGUGGAGCUGGAGCUUCUGGAGCAGCUGGUGGAGCUGGAGCUUCUGGAGCAGCUGGUGGAGCUGGAGCUUCUGGAGCAGGUGGUGGAGCUGGAGCUUCUGGAGCAGGUGGUGGAGCUGGAGCUUCUGGAGCAGGUGGUGGAGCUGGAGCUUCUGGAGCAGGUGCAGCUGGUGGAGGAAGUGUGUUCAAGCAAAAGACAUACCCAGUGAAGAUCAAUGUCAAAAACAAGCCAGAAGGCCCAAAGUUCAAGCCAAAGAUCAAGCCUAUAUCUGUAUCUGAAAACACCAAAAAUUCUUUUCCAAGAGUAAUUGACACCUACACUGCUAUGGAAGAAGACACAGGCAAAACAGCAGAAAAAGUUAAAUAUGCAAAGGAAUAUGACCCUGACAACUGGAUUUCUAUUGACAUGGACACGGCUGAGAUAAAACUGAACAAGGUACCAGAUCGUGAGUCUCCAUUUUUGGUAAAUGGGACCUACUAUGCCAAGAUCCUCUGCAUUACAGAUGAACUGCACUCUCAGACAUCUACAGGGACUAUAGCUUUGCAGGUGGAGGACCUGAAUGACAACUGCCCCAAACUCCUUAAUAAUGUGCAGACUGUCUGCAGUGAUACCAGUAUAGUCAAUGUCACAGCAGAAGACGAAGAUUCCGAUCCCAACGGAGCUCCACUAGAGUUCAGUUUGAUACAAGAGAAGACAAAGGGCAAAUGGAACCUGCAGAGAAUAGAUGAUGUAAGUGUUUCGAUGCUCGCUGAAGAUGACUUAUGGCCUGGUUUUUAUGAAGUCACCAUGGAAAUCAGAGACAAGCAAGGACUGGCCUGUCCUGAUGAGCAAGUCCUCCAUUUAGAGGUUUGCACUUGCUCUGAAGGCACGUUUUGUGCUUCAAAAUUGGCUGCAUUACGCACUACAUCAGCCAGUCUUGGAGCAGCAGGAAUUUGUUUCCUGAUUCUAGGAUUCCUGUGCUUAAUCUUGCCGCUUGUGGCCGUAAUAAAAUGUGAAUGUGAGAAUGCUGGAAAACAUUUUAUUGAUAUUCCAUUUGAAACCAAGCAACAUCUUAUCUCCUAUAGCACAGAAGGAAAAGGAAUAGACGUGGAUGUUUUUCUAGAGAGCAUCCCACCAAAACUGUACAAUGAGGGGGGCGACAAAAUAAAAUCAUACAAAGAAACUGUAAGAAUGGUGGAAGCUAACUCUAAUUUCCCAUUGGACGAAAUUCAGGUCCCCAGGUCAAACCAGGCUGUAUAUAACAGUUCUAAAAUUCUAGGAAUGAUGCAGGAGAGUGCAUUUGGAGGCUUUUACAGUGACAUGGACAUGGAAAACUCUGUCAGGUCGCAAGAAGGACAAGUCUUGCAUGAUGCAUUCCUAAAAGAAUACUUCGCACAAAAAUCCAGGUAUAUAUUGGAGGAGGAUUCUCCAAAAAAAGGACCGAAGCACUAUGAUUAUGAAGGUGAAGGAUCUGUUACCGGUUCCAUUGAAAGCUGCAGCUUCAUCGAGUCUAAUGAUGAUCUGGAGUUCUUGAACAACCUGGGUUCAAAGUUCAACACCUUGGCUGAGGUGUGUGGAUUCAGACAGACUGACCCAAAAGUUAUUGUUAAUACUGUCGAGACAACACCAAACGCAGCUGCAUCUUCCAGUCACAUGACCAACAUCGUCCAGCCCAGUCCUGAGGAGAUACCUGCUAAAUCACCACUUGUCCAACCUGCACCUAGUCAGGGGAUUUUCAUACAGGAACCAAUGUACUACGGGUUCAACCAGCCAAUGGCAAGCAAUGUUGUGCUGUCAGAGGAUGGGCUUGGGCAAGGUGUGUACAUAAUCAAUGGAACUCCAGAAGCUGAGAGAAUUCUGACUCAAGGUAAUGGCCAUACACUUGAACAUUUUGGUAGUGGACAACAGGCUGUUCUAGCAAACAACAUCAUUGGUGAUUCCGUCUUGUACUCACAAAUUGGACCUCAAAGUCCAGUAAUGAUUACCGAAGGUUUAGGUGAAGUUAAUUCUGCUGUAAUCCAGAACCUUUCACCAACUCAAAACCUUGUAAUGAUGCCACAGCAACAACUAGGUGGAAUUGGUUCACUGCAGAUGGUAAGAGUACCCAUGGAAUCGGUUGUAUCAGCAGAGAACGGGCAGGGUAGAGUUACUCUUAUGGAUGGCUCAGUCACUGGAGAUAAAGUAUUCGUUGGAGGUCUAGGUCCUAGUCAUUGUCCCAUGAGCCCUCAACUACUUUACCCAGUAAGAUCUCAAGAGUUUGGUGGAUCAGUACAUAUGAACCAAACAGUAGUUGAUGGCUCCCUUUACAGUGUACAGAAUGAUGGACAAGGGACAGUAACAAUUGGACAACGUCCUGUCAAUGGAGGUAAUGUAUUGAUAGGAGGCCCAGGAACUCCAAACCUAGUAAUAAUGCCUCAAAUUGCAACUGGUCAAGUAAAAAACCAGCUAUUAGAAAGUGGUCCUUACCCAAGUGUGUCAAACACUGCAUCAAAAAAAGGUGGAGAGAGUAGACUACUGGUUGGUGGUCAUUCUAUUCUAGAGGGUCCUGUUAGUGAAGGCAAUUUCUUGGUUGCAGGCCCAGGUCAGCUUCCUGUGUCUAUGAGCACAGGAGCUCCAAACUUAGUGAGACUGACUCAAGUUGCAAAUGGUCACUUGCCAAGUGUUCAGAACAUUGUAUCAGGGGAAGGUGGACAGAGUAGACCAUUGGUUAGUGGUCCCACUAUUCUAGAGGGUCCAAGUCAGCGUUCACUAGCCAUGAGUCCAGGAGUACUUAGUCCUUUCGAACUGCCUCAGGUAGCAAACAGACAGUUAUUCAAUUCUACAGUGUCCAGAGUUCUGACGUCAAUGGUUAUGAUGCCAAAAUCCAAAGGACUUGCAACAAAUGGGCAGCUGAAUGUUGAGCAGUGACCUAGUUUUUGGUCUAGUGGCAUUAAUACUGCAUUAAUUCUCAGGAUGGGAUUGCUCGCAGAGAAGCACAGAAACUAUUUUAAGCAUCAGAUGAAUUAGAAGUACUCAGCAAUAAGUGAGUAUGGUAUUUA